AUGGAUGUUGAGAUACAUAUUGAGUCCAAAGGACUUGGAAAAACUAUUGUCCAGAAUAAUGAUGCCACAAUUCAAGACCGUGCCAAAGCCAUGAUAUUCCUCCGCCAUCAUUUUGAUGAAAGCUUGAAAAUGGAAUAUCUGACAGUCAAAAAUCCACUAGAUCUGUGGAUAAGUUUAAAAGAAAGAUUCGAUCACCUGAAGUUGGUCGUACUUCCAAAAGUCAGGUAUGAUUGGCUACACUUACGGCUGCAAGAUUUUAAAUCUGUCCCUGAAUAUAAUUCAGGCAUGUUCAGAAUAACCUCUCAGUUAAAAUUAUGUGGAGAAAAUGUAACUGAUGAGGAUAUGUUGGAAAAGACAUUUUCCACAUUUCAUGUCUCAAAUGUGGUUCUGCAACAGCAGUAUCGAGCACAAGGUUUCAAAAAAUAUUCUGAACUGAUUACAUGUCUUUUACUGGCUGAACAAAAUAAUGAAUUAUUAUUGAAAAAUCAUGAGUCCCGACCAACUGGUACUAGUCCAUUCCCUGAAGUGAAUGUGACUCAAUCUUCAAAUUCCAGACAUAGCCGUGGCAGAGGCCGCGAACGUAGCCGUAGUAGAGGUCGUGGACGUGGUCAUGGUAGAUAUAUACCUUACCACAAUAAUAAUAACCAUGACAUGAGACAGAAUAUUCCCCAGAAGCGGAACAACAACAACAACAAUAAAAAAUAUAAAGAAAAGAAAAAUUAUGAAGAAAAGUGCUACCGAUGUGGCAUGGGAGGACACUGGUCCCGUACCUGUCGUACGGCGGAUCACCUUGUUGAACUUUAUCAAAUAUCAUUGAAAGGGAAGAAUAAAGGUAUUGAGACCAAUUUUAUUGAUAAAGGAACAUCUACCAUUGAUCAAGAUAAUGAAUGUAAUGAUGAUGUGGAUAUGAUAUCCCUUGAUAUGGCUGAUUUUAUUGUGUAUCCUGAAGAUACAAAAUGA